AUGCUUUCAAGAAAAUCGUUAUCGCUACUUUCUAAGUGUGGGCAGUUGAGCAAGCUGAGUGCGCAAACCGCACGCCAAGCAAAGAGGCACUUGUCCAUUCACGAGUACAGGUCAGCUGAGUUAUUGAGAGAAUACGGGAUUGGCACUCCAGAAGGUUUUCCAGCUUUCACCCCCGAAGAGGCUUUUGAAGCAGCUAAGAAAUUGAACACCAAGGAACUGGUCAUCAAGGCACAGGCAUUAACUGGUGGUAGAGGUAAGGGACACUUCGACACUGGUUACAAGAGUGGUGUUCAUAUGAUCGAAGGCCCUCAACAAGCAGAAGAGGUUGCAAAGGAAAUGCUGAACCAUAACUUGAUUACCAAACAAACGGGAAAAGCCGGGAAACCUGUAUCUGCGGUUUAUAUAGUAAAAAGAGUAGACACCAAGCACGAAGCCUAUUUGUCUAUUUUGAUGGAUAGACAAACUAGAAAACCUAUGAUCAUCGCAUCCAGUGAAGGUGGUAUGAAUAUUGAAGAAGUGGCCGAGAAAAACCCAGAUGCCAUUAAGAAGUUUUCCAUCGAAACCUCAGAGGGAUUAAGUCCAGAAAUGGCCAAGAAUGUGGCCAAGAGUCUUGGUUUCACUUCUGGUGCACAAGAUGAAGCGGCAAAGACCGUAUCUAAUUUGUACAAGAUAUUCAUGGAAAGAGAUGCCACGCAAGUGGAGAUCAAUCCUUUGAGUGAGAUUGAGCAUGACCCAAACCACAAGGUCAUGUGCACAGACGCCAAAUUCGGGUUCGAUGAUAACGCCUCGUUCAGACAAGAGAAGAUAUACUCUUGGAGAGACCUAUCACAGGAAGAUCCUGACGAAGUGAAGGCAAAGAAGUACGAUUUGAAUUUCGUAAAAUUGAAGGGUAACAUCGGAUGUCUAGUCAACGGUGCCGGUUUGGCUAUGGCAACUAUGGAUGUCAUCAAGUUGAAUGGAGGAGAUCCAGCCAACUUUUUGGAUUGUGGUGGUGGCGCUACGCCCGAGACCAUUAAGCAAGGUUUCGAGCUGAUCUUGUCUAACAAGAACGUCGACGCGAUUUUCGUCAAUAUCUUUGGUGGUAUUGUUAGAUGCGAUUACGUUGCCUUGGGGCUUGUGGAAGCUGCCAGGGAACUGGAAGUCAGAGUUCCAAUUGUUGCUCGUUUACAAGGUACCAAAGUAGAGGAAGGUUGCGAGAUCAUCAAGAAGUCUGGUGUGAAAAUUUACUCAUUUGAUGAACUGGACCCUGCCGCUAAAAAGGUUGUCGAAUUGACACAGGGCUGA